AUGUGUGAAAUUGCAAAUGAAAUUAUAGAUACCCUUAUAGACUCAAAUCUUUACUCAGUAGUAGAAUUGGUGGAGGAGUUCGUAGAACAUGGAAAGGAUAUAGAUAGAGUAUCAAAACAAUAUGGUUUGGUUUUAUUAGAGAGAGAUAAUUUGGAUAGCACAAGCCACAGGAUUUUUCAGUAUACAAGGUCUGUAGUUAUGAAACACGGGUUAGGGAG